ACGCGUGCGGCGGCGGCGGACGGCGGCAGUCGGCGCCCGUGUGGUGCCCGCGGUGGUCGCGUCGGUGGUGUGUGGUGGUACGGUGCCUGGUGUGACCACGUGCUGCUGAGCGACGAGCUGGGAUUCCUGCCAGGAUGGCGGCAGUGCUCUAGAAGACAACUCCGCCAAUCUCCACGUCCAGCGAGCGCCCUGUGUUAGUGUGUGAGAGUGUGUCGCGAUGGCGGCGGGCAGGAACCCCGUGGACCGAUGGCGACCGAACCCGCGAGCGGCGCCUUACGUACCGCGGCGACAGCUCUCGGCCGUGACGGCAGCGGCGGCGGUGCUGCCCGGACUGCCGGUCACACGACGACGGCUCUGCUCUCGGCUCUGUCAGAGGAGUUUGGUGCUGGUGUUCAUCGUAACAAUCUUCAUCAACGUCGUGUACAUCCUGGACGCCACGGGUCGGCUGUACCAGGCGGGUCACCGCUCCAAAGGGCUGCUCGGAGGUGGAGGAAGCAGCAGCGACGCGGAGCCGGUGGGCGCCGACCACCCGGCCGCCCGCGGCGCCAGCCUCCGCCUUCAGCAGAGUGUGGCCAAAACUCUCACCGUGGAGGCCUACUCGAGUCAGAGUCGCGCCGCUGUGAUGGUCGACGGAGCGACGAUCCUGGAGAGUAACGGCGAGCGGGAGGGGCGCGGCAUCCACGUGCUGGUGCUUCACCAGGCCAGCGGCGCCGUGCUGGCCCAGCGGCUGUUCGACACCUACUCGCCGCACGAGGACGAGGCGCUCACACUCUUCAUCAGCUUGGUCACCGAGGGGCGCAUCAUCGUCUUCCUCAUCAAGGACGAGGGCACCUUCCAACUGAAGAAGCCGGCGCGCGCGCUGCUGACCCGCCUGGGCUCUCAGAAGGCCGACCUGCUCGGCUGGCGAGACAUGUGGGCCAUGGUGGCGCAGAAGGGCGGCAAACUGCUGGCGGAGGGCCACAGCAAGAGUCCCAGCUUCAACACGUGGGGCUCGGCGGUACAGCUGCGGACGGAGGUGCCGCUCGUGCCCCUAGAGGACACCCAGUGUCCGUGGCCCGACACGGAGGAGACAGUGCGCCGCCGCCAGUUCUGUGACACCACCGAGGGCUACGGCAGCGUGUGCUCGUGCUCCGAUCCGGCGCCCCUGCAGUACGACGGGCCGCCCAUCAAGGACGGGCCAGUGGCUGGAGUGCCCGUCCUAGUCAUCGCUAGUAACCGGCCCCACUACCUCUACAGGUCGCUGCGCUCGCUGCUGUCGGCACCCGGGGCGGAUCCCACCAUGGUGACCGUCUUCAUUGACGGCUACUUUGACGAACCUCUGAAGGUGGCACGUCUGUUUGGCCUGCGAGGCAUCCAGCACACACCGAUCGCCACUCGCAGCGCGCGUGUCAGCCAACACUAUAAGGCGGCGCUGACGUCCACCUUCAACCUGUACCCGUCGGCGAGGUACGCUAUCCUCAUUGAGGAGGAUCUGGACGUGUCGCCCGACUUCUACAGCUUCUUCAACCAGACGCUGCACUUGCUGGACGAGGACCGGUCGCUGUUCUGCGUCUCCGCCUGGAACGAUCAGGGAUACGAACAUACCGCCGAGGACGUCAGUCAGCUGUACCGUGUGGAGACGAUGCCCGGUCUCGGCUGGGCGCUCAGACGGGACCUGUACAAGGACGAGUUGGAGCCCUUCUGGCCCACGCCGGACAAGAUGUGGGACUGGGACAUGUGGAUGAGGAUGCCGUACGUGAGGAAGGGCCGCGAGUGCGUCAUUCCGGACGUCUCCAGAACCUACCACUUUGGCUCCACUGGCAUCAACAUGAACUCCUACUUCCAAGAGAACUACUUCAAGAAGCAUGCCUUCAACGUGCUGCCUGACGUUCGGCUGCGCGAUGUCAACAAGCUGAAGAAGGAAAAUUACGAGAAAGAAGUGAUAUCGUUAUUGAAGUCAGCGAGGAUCUUGAACACUACUAGGUCGCCCUGUGAUAAGGAUUUCAUUCCGUCGGGAGGAGACUCCAAAACCGCCCGCGUGCUCUUCAUCAAGAUGAAGAGAGAAAAGGACACAAAAACAUGGCUCAAAGUAGCCAAGUGUCUGAAGGUGUGGGACCUGGACGCGCGCGGCUACCACCGCGGCCUGUGGCGGCUGCACCUGAACGGCGCGCCCCUGCUGGUGGUCGGCGUACCCUACUCGGCCUACUCCCGACUACGACCCGCACGCGUGCCGCCGCUGGUCCUCGACGGCGACUCCGGGGACAAGAAGCGGUAGCGGCCGCCCUACCCCGCGCCCUAGCCCCGUCUCUGUGAUACAAACCGGCCGUUACGUCACGCUCUGGACGUGAUGUGACCGUGAUGUGACGUGGGAGAGGCUGCCGAGACGUUGGAUCUCGGACGGCCUCCCCUAGCUCUGUGAUUUAAGCGGCGAUGACUGCGUGUGCGAGGGUGAGCCCGCCUGCCUGUCUCCUCGACAUCCCAGGCUCCUUGCCGUAAUCGGUACAGCGAAGAGCUUUGGUCGAGCUCCUGGAAGUUUAUGACGCUGUGUGGCGUUCCUGGCCCAGUCAACGAGCGCAACGGGUGACCCUCGGUCGCUUCCUUUCCAAUCUGAUGCUAGUUGCUUUGUGAUGCUUGUUAGUACCUAUUCGUUUGUCUUGUUUUUGUAUGUUAUCAUUCGGGUAGUGAGGCCAAACCUUGCAGUAGACGUGCUUUUUACCUGUUGUUUUUAUCAUUUACAUGACUUUGGAGGACUAUGUUCGUCAAGGUCUUGAACAUAUCUUUUGUGGACUUUGUUUUUGGUCCUGACCAUACCUUUUGUAAGUUGAGGAUCCUUUGCACGUACAGACUUCCAAGUAAGUCCUACAGAGAUCGACACUGCCCGUCAAUGCAUACUUUUCCUUAGGACCCUAGUUACUGGCUUAAAGCAAAAUUGUCGCUUGACAGACCCAAGCAUGGGAAAUGUUUUAUCAAAGGUUGUUACAGGCUACAUACAGCUCGGGUUCGAGCUUACAAACUGUUUUACUUUAAACAUUUGUGGUCGAAAUUAUUCAUGGUGACAAUUUUGGAACGUUUUAUCUCCCUAACUUAAAUAAGUUUAAAUUUUCUUACAAUCCACAUCAAUAGUUUAAAUAUCACCUCGGACUUUGCCAAUUCAGCGAGCCGUCUCACCGUCUAUUGACUUGGAAAUUUGUUUUCCUAGUGACUGAACUUCACCUGCCAAUAUCCGUGGGUUGCUUUCUAUGGUUCAGCUUCCGGGUUUCGAUCGGGUUCCUAGCUCAUCGUUCCUCCCGACCUGACGUGACCCCACCCAUCAGCUUGACCUGACCCGGCAGGGUCGCCGGGCUCGAUACUGUGUAUCGCCAUAUGCGCUUCAUUCCCCAGGCUCGCAUUGAUCGUCCCGUGGACGUCAGAGACGCUGUUAGCAGCGAGUGAAUCUGUCAGAUACUGAGUGUGCUUGUUCGUCAGAUAAUGUCUGUGAACUGCUUAUGAAAACGAGCGCGGCCGUCUGAUUGUGAAGGUGUCUGCUUGUCUGUCUGUUAGUCAGACAGCGUGAGUGUCGGUCUGUCAGUCGGGAGAUUAUCAGCUUACCGCCGGUGGCUGCCAGUGAUAGCCCAGUGCGGCCCGUCUCCGUUUGCGCCCUGUUCCGGCCCGCUGCUCAGGGCGGGUCUCCGUGUCGAGAGCCCCUGUGUGUGUGUGUGGGGGGGGGGGGGAGCGGUCUCCCAGGGGGCGCUAUUGUGAUCAUCCGUCACCAGCAGCGGGGAGACUGCUGUAGCUGCCAGCAGCUGCUGUGGCAGCAUCUUUGUAUCGUUAUUCAUUACGCUUGUAAAUGUAAACUGGAAACAA